AGGAGAGAGAGAGAGGUUUUCUUUUAUUUUCUGUCUCUAUUUGAAGUCUGGUCGUCACUUUCACGCGGACACACAAAUAGAUAGGUCAUCUCUUUCUCCAGAACAAGUUUUUCCAGACCCCAAAUAUCUUUUCGCUUCCUUACUCUUCUCUCUCGAAUUCACAUCUCCAUCUCCAUGGAGUUAAAACCCAAUUGAGAAGAAGAAUCCUGUUUUCUUCCAAUCCCCUUCAUAAGAAUUUCACUCCAAAAUACUGUCUUUUCCUUUUCUUGUUGAUUUUGGUUUCGUGCUCUCUUUUUUUUUUCCCCUCCCCUCAUGGUGAACAAAAGCAUGGAACUCAAAACUUAAGCAAAGUUUUGACACUUUGGAAAUCUGCUUUCAAGAGUAACGUUUAUGUGUUUGUGAUUUCAUCUCCUUAAUGAAAGCUCACUCCUUUCCCUGAAAAAAUAUCCAACCUUUUAUUUUAUUUUAUUUUCUUUUUGGCCACUUUUAGGCCUCUGUUUUGCCUUUUUGCCACUUCACAGUCCAUCAGAACCCAUUUCAUUUCUAAUAUUCAGGAAAGUAUCAACUUUCCCACUAAAAAAAGCUCCAAAAUUUAGUCUUGGGUUUGUCCGUUUCCUAUUAACACCCUGAAGUGCUUAGAAUUCAAGUUUAUCUUGCUCUUCACCGUCAAAUUCAGCUCAUCUGAAUCAAACCCACCUCACAAAAUCCCUAAAAAAAAAAAGCAACUAUUUUUUCUUGUGACAAAAAACAAGCUUUGUUGAGCAGUAAGUCUUUCAAACAUGCAAGACCCAGCAACAUUCCAGCCGAUGAAAGCCCAUUUCCCAGAACAGGAACAGCUGAAAUGCCCAAGGUGCGAGUCCACAAACACCAAAUUCUGCUACUACAACAACUACAAUCUCUCUCAGCCUCGCCACUUCUGCAAGAAUUGUCGAAGAUACUGGACCAAAGGCGGCGCUCUCAGGAACAUCCCCGUCGGCGGCGGAAGCCGCAAGAACGCUAAGAGAUCCUCCAACCCAAAAAGAUCUUCAUCUUCCUCUUCUACCACCUCCUCGACCCAAAACCCAGAUUUCCAAUCCGAUCCGGCCCGCUCUUACGCCUCCCCGGCCGAUAACGACCGCCGGAUGCUCGACAUCCCGGGAAGCUUCAGCUCGCUCCUGACUUCAAACGGGCAGUUUGGGGGGCUUCUGGAGGGCAUGAACCAUAAUGGGUCGGGCGUGAAUUCGGGCCCUGAGAUGAAUUCGGAUUCGGGUCGGAGCAUUGGUGUGGAAGUGCAGAGCAAUGGCAAUUCGGAGAGCUAUUGGGGUGGAGGCAAUGGGUGGCCGGACCUCGCCAUUUACACGCCAGGUUCAAGUUUUCAGUAAGAGAGAGAGGGAAGAGAGUUUGAUUUGCUUUGAAAUUUGUUUCUUUGUUUUUUUUUCUUUUUUCCUUUCCCCUCUCUAAAGUAAUGGGUGUUAAUUAUAGUACUUUUUCCUAAAUAUAGACUAUGAUGUGGUUAAGGAAAGAGCCAAAAAUGGUUUAAAGUUAAUUAUAGUAUUCUCUCUCUGGGGUAGAGUAAUGACACAUACCACAAUCUAAUGCCAUGAAAUACCCUCUAGCAUUUCUGUGUAACAUUAUCCUUUGCGCUUUUAAGUUGUUUUUGUUUGUAUGUUGUCUGAUAUAUAACUUACAAUUACAUUAUGAUGCUAA